AUGUACACCAAAGCUUAUCAGGGUCUUGUCGCAGCCGGGCUCAUCUCACAAGUCGUCGCCCAUGGCUAUGUUCGAACCUGGACGCUCGACGGCGUCGACUUCGACGGCUACAGCAAAGGCGAUGGCCAGCCUGGAGCUGAUGCCAUCGGAUGGAGUUACUCAACUCCCGAUGAAGGUCCUGAGAUGGACUUGACCAGUCCAGGCCUCGCCUGCCGAUCGGACGGAAAGUCCGCUCAGAGCUCGGGUCAGAUCGCAGCUGGGGGAACCGUUGGGAUGUUUUGGACUUCUAAUGACAAGCAAAUCAAUCCUGACGGCUGGGCCGAGUCUCAUCGAGGACCAGUCAUUACCUACCUCGCUCCAUGCAACGGCGACUGUAGCGGUGUAGAUGCAAGCUCCUUGCAGUGGACCAAAAUUGCCGAGCAGGGCGUGACUGGACCUGCCAACACUCAAGGCACAUGGGCCACGGAUGAGAUGCGAGCCAAUGGCGGAGUCGCAUCUGCUACGAUUCCAUCUGAUAUCGCCGCUGGCAACUACGUGAUCAGAAACGAGAUCAUCGCGCUGCAUCGCGCUCACCUCGGCGAGCCCGAAUUCUACCCACAGUGCGCCAACCUUGAGAUCAUUGGCUCCGGCUCCAACGACCUCUCGGGCUCGGGUGUACCCUCCAGCCAACUCUACAGCAAUUCCGACGAGCAGAUCUUCGGAUUCAGCGUAUAUGACAACCGCGGCGACAGCUGGGUCGUACCAGGCCCGUCUCUGCUUGGCUCAGCUGGAACGACCACUGCUGGCGGAUCUAACAGCACCGGCACAGGGGCAACUCCUGCUACAAGCUCGAGCGCUUCUGUACCGGUCGCGCCACCGACCACGACCGGGUAUGAGGGCUGGAAGCCCAGAGGAGGUCGUACAUAUUAG